CGCGCGAGCUAGCUGUCCGUCUAGAAAGCUCCCGCAGGAAGCAUGAGGUUGAGUUGGACGUCAAUCUACAGUUAGUUCUAGCACUAAUUUUGUGUUCAUUUCUCCCCCACCCCAGUUUGAAUAACAUUAGCACUCUGUAAGGAACAUGGCGUAUCCGAAUUGUUCUCUGAAAGUGAACAGAGAUCUACUGGAUCCCAGCUUUGAAAGUUACAGACUCUCCUUAGACUCAAUCCCAUGCUAUAAUGUAGAGCUGGAUGCAGUCGUGGCUGAGGUGAAACUGAAAGACAGUCAGUACACUCUGGACCACAUGAAGGCAUUCGGCAUGUACAAUUACCUCCACACUGAUCCCUGGUAUGAGGAGAGUGUUUACUUUAUUGACUGCAAGGGAAGAGUGCUCAAUUUGAAGGUCACAUUGGACACGGCACUGGGGAAACCUCGAGAAGUGUUUCGGAUGACCUCUGACCCCAGGUCACUUGAGGGCGAAAGGCUUUGCGCCUCUCUGAGUCUGACGUCUGCUACCUGGGCCGCCCUCUCAGACGGGGCUGGAACCCUGACCCUGUUACGCACCAGCAACAGAGGAGACAGCUCUCACCUAAAGUGGGAACCCAUGUUCAGCGAGUCUCUUGGGGAGCCUUUCACCAUCCUGAACAGCAUUUCCCACGUCGAGGCAGGGGUUCAUACGAUCGAUCUUCUGCUGCUGCGUAUCCAAAAAGAUCCAGAUGAUACCAAAGGCAGCGGCUUUUCCACCACGCUGGAGUGGGUUACCGUCGACUCUGCUGGUCAAGAAAAGAAGUAUGAAGUGAGGAAAAGGAGGUUGAUGAAGGGCAAGUCAGUGCCUCACUAUGCUGCUGUGGAGCCUCAGGGGAAAGGGGUGAUGGUGGCAUCAGAAAAACCCUUCAGCUUUACACAGGUGGAUGGCGUUCCUCUGGAGGACACGCCGCCUGAAGACAUGGAGGUGGAAAACAGCGAGCCCAUCUACUUUUGGCAGCAGACGGAAGAAGACGUCACAGUGUGCAUCCGUUUACCUGAGGGCACAACGAAAGAUGACAUCUGCUUCAAGCUGUCGGUGGACAGUGUGUGUGUGGGUGUGAGAGAUUAUGCACCACUGUUGCAGGGUCAGCUUUUUGCUCCUGUGGACCCUGAGGCCAGUAUCUGGACCAUUAAAGAUGACAAGAGUCUGGAGGUGAAUCUGCAGAAGCGCAGUGAGGGGCCACUCUGGUCUGAGCUGGUUUUGGGUGAUAAGAGAGGACAGUACAUCAUGGAUGAAGAACAGGCUGCACAAAUCCAUCAGAGACUUGCGUACCUCACUGCUGAAGAACUGAAUGCUAACCCAGAGAAAGAUAAGCCUCCGUGUAAUGCUCAGGAACUGGAGGACUGCGAUGGCUUUCCAGACGAUAGUUCCACACUAAUGCGGUUUGAUGGUGCCACCUUGAAGCCCACCCAUGUGGUGAACCUUGGUAGCCACCAGUACCUUUUCACCGUAGACAUAAAUCCAUCUGAAAUGCCGGCUUUCUGUCUGCGGCAUGAUGUUGAUGCCUUGCUGUGGCAGCCGCGUCCUGAGCAGCCCGAUGCCUUGUGGGAGCACAUUGCCACUUUCAAUGCACUGGGUUAUGUGCAGGCUUCGAAGAGGGAUAAAAAGUUCGCGACAUGUGCCCCCAAUUUCUCGUAUGCAGCUCUGGCAGAGUGUGUAAGGCGAGUUUUCAUCUACAGGCAGCCAUCAGCUGUGGACACAGUGCUCUUCAAUCGCAAACAAGGCCGCCAGAUUGGCCAGAUUGCCAAGCAACAGGUAGCCAGUCUGGAGUCUAACGAUCCCGUCCUGGGUUUCAGUGCUACUAAUGAGAGACUGUUCAUUUUAACAUCCAAAAAUAUGUUCAUCCUCAAGGUGAAUAAUUAAAGAACUGGAUGUGUGAGAUGUUUGAAUGAAUCAAAUGUACUUGUUUUCCACUUAAGCUCAAUAUGCAAAUGGUGUCCAAAUGUUGCUUUUGCACUGGAGACACUUGUUAGCUAAUGUAAUAGACACUUGUGAACAAUAAUUAACAUCAUGCAAAGGUUUAACUACAUCAAAUAUAACCUGUCGUUUCUACACAGAUCUAUCAUCAGUAAUUCAGUGUUUAUCCUCAUUGCAUGGGUUUGAAUAUUUAUUUGCUAUAAAAGAAAAUGAUCUGAUGUUCAAAAUGGCUACCUUGUUCAACAAUGUGAUGUGCUUUUAUUCAUUUAUACAUAACACAAUAGCAGAAUCAGGCAGUGUCCAGAAGCACAGAUAGGUGUAGGCAAACUGGUGGGCUGUGGUCUAGAUGUGGAGCAAGUGGAUAGAAAAAUACUGUAGAAGAAAUGGUCAAUGUAUGAAAAAACUGGCUGUUGCUCAGCAACUCCAGUUUUUUUGACAUGAACUGUCAUGGCUUGUGUUGUGGCUUGCUGCAAAAAAUUACAUGCAUUUAUGUAAUUUAUUAACCUGAAGGCAAGGCAAUUCAGUGAGAAAGCAACAAGUUGUUUUUUUUUCCUCUUUUUUACAGACUUUUUUUUUUUCAUUUCAUUACCCUCUCAAUGUUUAAAGAUGACUAGACAGAGAAGUAUAUGUUUAUUCUUCGCUGCAUGUCUCAUCUGUUCAGAGUCUGUGGCGCUAUGAAGUGGACUGAGACAUUAAAAUAUAACUGUUGUUACCAUUUAGUCAUGUUAUUUUCUCCAGUGCAAAAAUUAGGCACCAUUUAUUAGCUAAUUAGCAGAAUUGACGUAAGUGGAAAACUUACAAAUCUCAGCAUAAGCCAUUCCUUUAAAACUGUUUUAAUCAGGAUGUAUUUCAGUCGACUUUCAUUUGACCGUACAACUCAAGGAUUGCUCAGUUUAAAUUAUAUGUGUGUAUGUUUGUCAUUUUGUAAAAGAAAUAAAGAAAAAAAAUCUGCUCCUACAGGAAUAAAAUGAAAGACGUGUAUCACCUUCUAA